UUUCCCCUCCUCCUUUACCUUUGCUCCAGCUCCAUUACACUGUUUUCUUUGGAAGCAGUCUGUCUGCGUCUGACACAAUGUUCAAAGUUAGGGUAAUUUUACAAAAAACCUUGAUUCUUUUGUAUGUAUCUCUGUGUGUUGCUGUUGGUAAAAUGCUGAUGAUAUUAUUCCCAGAAACGAUGAAAAGACAUAUUCUAAAACGAGGACAAAAGAGCAGCAUAAGCAAGAAUCCAAAGUUCAGCUACGAGAACUGGGGCCCAACUUUCUUCAGCUUUAAAUAUUUACUCUUUGUUUUGAAAGUGAAGUGGAAAAGGUUAGAAGAUGAAGCAUUUGAAGGACAUAAUGCUCCCAACACCCCGGUAGCAGACUUCAGCAAUGAAAUACAUCAUAUCUUGGACUUCAUGCAAGACAACAGGCCUUUAGUCCUGAAUUUUGGAAGCUGCACCUGACCUUCAUUUCUUUUCAAAUUCGAUGAGUUCAACAAACUUGUUGAAGAUUUUAACUCCAUAGCGGAUUUCCUUAUAAUCUAUAUUGAAGAAGCUCAUGCAAAAGAUGGAUGGGCUUUUAAAAAUAACAUUGUUAUUAAAAAUCACCAAAGCCUUCAAGAACGAAAAAAGGCUGCACAAUUUCUUUUGAAAAAGAAUCCUUUAUGUCCAGUGGUUUUAGAUACAAUGGAAAACCUAAGUGGUUCAAAAUAUGCAGCUCUGCCAGAAAGACUUUAUGUGGUACAAGGAGGAAAAGUUGUCUAUAAGGGUGGAGAGGGACCUUGGAAUUAUCAUCCACAGGACAUACGUGCAAUCUUGGAAAAUCUAAAAUAGGUGAACAAAUCAGAAACCCCCAAGGAUAAAGUGGUCUAUCUGGAAAGUGAUCAAGGAAUAACUUGCUCUGUCCUUUUAAAAAAAUAUAUAUUUUAUUGCUGUUUAUUUUUAAAAUGAUAUAAAUCAGGUUAAAAAAAUACACACUCACCCAAGAGAAAAUGGGUGGACAAGUAUAUAGCAUGAGUUACCCUAUUCAAGAAGCAGACAUCAAUAUGAUUCAACACCAUCUGAAACUGAUGGAAAAGCUCUCUAGGGCCUGGUCUACACUAACACCCCUUCCAUUAAUCUAAUCUACAUGAUUUCAGUGAUGCAAAUAACAUAACUGAAGUCGACAUACACCCCGUGGCAUUUUCCAUGCACUAAAGUUGGUGGGAGCUGCUCUCUUGUCAACUCUGGCUACUCUUAUCCUGGUAGAAUACUGGAGUCAAAGGGGGAGUGCUUGAAGAUUGAUUUAACACGUCUAAACAGAUGUGAAAAAUCAAUGGCCUGUGUCUAAAUUGCUGCAGUGUCAAUCUACCUCAUACUGGAAACAAGCCUUAAGCCCAGAUAUGGGGUCACAGAGGUACCCAUCAACUACAGGUCACUACAUUGGAAAUAAAAGUAAAUCCAAACAGACACGGGUGGCCGGCAUGCUAAGUGGGGGAAGGCAUUGUCUUCUCAAACCACCAGCCUGGCCCUGCGCACACUUUGUCCCCAGAAUGCCUACUGUAGGUGUUCUAGGGGCAGAGUUUGCUGCCCCCAGCACCCCUCCUCCCUGUGCUCUGUGGCUGGAGAGGCUGAGGCCACGCACCACCCACCCUCCCCAUGCUCCAGGGCUGGGGAGGAUGGAGCUAAACACCGCCCGCCCACCUCUCCUCCCUGUGGUGGUGGAAGCCACGCAUGCGCGGCAUGCUGCCUCAUCUCCCUGUGAUGGGAGGGGACAGGGAGGCAGCAUGGCUUCCUUGGGAGGCAGGGCCUCAGCAGAAGGGCUGAGAGCUUGCCUCCCCGAACCCUACCUUCACCCUGCCCUGCUCCUUCUGAAAUAGAAGUAGAAAUAAAAAAUAAAAGUGCAAAGAUCAAAAGUGUUUUUAUAGAUUCAUUGCUACCCUGUUCAUACACCUUUGGACCAAAAUUUUUCAUAUAGUGAAAUUGCUAGCCUCUAAAAAUCAUGGCUAUUUCUCUAAAUGUGUAAUGGCUUUCAUGUGCUCAUCCUUAAUAGUAUAGGUAGCAUCUGAUAUAAAACAUAUUAUAUAUCACAGAAAUAAACUGUGUCUAUAUUCCUUAUGCUUUGAGUAGCUCAGGAUUUCUUGUAAUUACUGUGAAAUAGUGAGUGGAAAGAAAAAAAUAUUUUAUUCCACUGGAAGCACCUAUCAUUUGGUGCCCAGUCCCUCAGUUCUGAUGAAGGUAAAAUUCCCAUGAGAUUAAUGGGAGCUUUUUUGCCUGUUUAAAGACUACAAGAUUAAUCUCUUAGGACAUGUCUACAUUAUGCAGAAGAUUAACACUGCCACAGUCAAUCUUCUAGGGUUCGAAUUAGCGGGUCUAAUGAAGGCCUGCUAAUUUGAACUGAGAGGGUGCUCCCAUCAGCACCGGUAGUCCUGCUCCUCACGAGGAACAAGGGAAGCCAAUGGGAGUGUUUGCUUCUGCUGACCUCCCGCUGUGUGGACAGUGUAAAAACACGAUUUGAAAUACAUUGAGUCCAGCUACAUACUUAUAUAGUUGCGUCGACCUUCCCCUUUAGUGUAGACCAGGCCUUUGAGAUUUGAAACCUAUCCUUAUCAGCAAAACUUUACCAUUAAUGCAUCUUGGUACCAGUGGUUUUAGAUCCUGUUCAAUACUAGAGAUAGCAAUGGUACAAUGUUUUAUAACUAGUCACACCAAAUUUUGAAACUGAAAUCUAAAAGAAAUAUUAGUAGUUGAAAGCUAUUCAAAUGGCUUGGAUGAAUGAUGGAAUAAUUCAAAACAAAUUAUUGCAUACCGAUCCUUGUUUUUUUAAAAAGAGACGGUUUUUCUAAAUAUUCACUUGCACACACUAUAGCAGGUUUGUGAAUGAAAUAAUUGUAUUAAUGUACAUCAUCAUUGGUUCUAUUAAUAUUUGUUUAUGACAGUCAUAGCGUAAAGCACAUGCAGCUGUGACCUGAUUUGAGAACAUAUUUAUAGAGGCAAUGAGCUGAAUAGGAGCAAUUAAAAUAUAUCAAACCAUCUCAA